GCCGGAGGAGUGUGGCUGAACCAGAGGCGGUGGCGCAAUGGAGGGACUGGAAGAAAAUGGAAGUGUUGUCCAAGUUGGAGAAUUGUUACCUUGCAAGAUUUGUGGAAGAACAUUCUUUCCGGUAGCAUUAAAAAAACAUGGACCCAUUUGCCAGAAAACUGCUACUAAAAAACGGAAGACUUUUGAUUCAAGCAGACAAAGAGCUGAAGGAACUGAUAUUCCAACAGUAAAACCUCUUAAACCAAGGCCAGAACCACCAAAGAAACCAUCUAAUUGGAGAAGAAAACAUGAAGAAUUCAUUGCCACAAUAAGAGCUGCUAAAGGCCUUGGUCAGGCACUUAAAGAGGGGGGCAAACUUCCUCCACCUCCUCCACCUUCCUAUGAUCCUGAUUAUAUCCAAUGUCCAUAUUGCCAGAGGAGAUUCAAUGAAAACGCAGCUGAUAGACAUAUAAAUUUCUGUAAAGAACAAGCAGCACGUAUUAGUAAUAAAGGCAAAUAUUCUACUGAUACCAAAGGAAAACCGACUUCUCGGACACAGUAUAAGCCUCCUGCACUUAAAAAGUCAAAUUCUCCUGGAACCACGUCUUCAGGAUCUUCACGAUUACCGCAACCAAGUGGCACUAGCAAAACUGUUGUAGGUGUACCUUCAGGUAAAGUAUCCUCAGUUAGCAGCUCUGUGGGAAACAAACUGCAGACCUUAUCUCCCUCGCAUAAAGGGAUAGCUGCCCCUCAUGCAGGUAAAUUGGACAAGUUAGGCCCUCCACUUCGAACUGGAAGACAUGUGCAAAGGUUGUAUAACAGUGAUACAAAAUCAGACAGUGGCAUCAAAAGACAUGAGGUAUUACCUAUUCGCAAACCCAACAUCAAAUCUCGGAAUUCCACACCACCUAGCUUGGCGAGAAAUCCUACAUCAGGUGUGCUUACAAACAAAAGAAAAACAUACUCUGAGAGCUACAUAGCCAGGUAUGUUUAG